AUGGAAAACUCAUCAACAGCUGAAUUUCUUACUCUUUCUGGACUGCAAGGACAAGGGCACAGUAGAUCAGUGUACUUUUCCCUCACCCUUCUCACUUACUUGCUGAUUAUUUCCGUGAAUUUUAUUCUGGUUGUGACCAUAAUAACUGAAAAAACUCUCCAUGAACCCAUGUAUGUAUUCCUGUGUCACUUAUGUGUUAAUAGCCUAUAUGGGACUACAGGAUUUUACCCCAAAAUCCUACUGGACCUCCUGUCUGAUGUUCAUGUGAUCUCAUAUAAUUUAUGCUUAAUUCAACUUUAUGUCAUUUAUACUUCUGUGUUGUGUGAAAUUCCUAUUCUAACAGUAAUGGCUUAUGACAGAUAUGUAGCAAUAUGUAGGCCUUUAGAAUACCACACAGUUAUGACUCCUCUGACGGUUAAGGUAAUGUUGUUUUUUUCUUGGUGUUUUCCUUUGUCUUGGUGUGCUUUCAUUGUUUUGUCUACCUUCAGGCGGCCUUUAUGUGGCUCUCACAUAGAUAAAUUGUACUGUGAUAACUGGUCAGUUGUAAAACUCUCCUGUGUGCCAAACACAGUCAACGAUGUACUUGGAUAUAUUAUGAUCACUUUAGAAAUAACGCAAGCAUUCUUCACUUUAUAUUCUUACUACUGCAUUGUGAGGGUGUGUCUGAAAUCUAAGGAAGGGAGAAGAAAAUUUAUGCAAACCUGUCUGCCACAUUUAGUGGCAAUUGUGAAUUUUAUGAUUGCAAACUUGUUUGAUGUUAUGUACAGCAGGUAUGGCAUUGACAGCCUUCCUUUGACUCUGCGCAACAUUAUGGCAGUUGAAUUUCUGGUUAUUCCGCCUCUUCUCAACCCCGUAAUAUAUGGACUCAAUUUGCAAAAAAUACGGAGUACACUGAUAAAUGCUGUAAGAUGCAUAAGGUAA